UCCAGCUGCCGCACCAUCCCGUCUCGUCUCCGGCUAUCCCAAGUUCUAUCGUCACCGGCCCCGUCUCCUUCCAUCGCCGCCCUAGGGUCCAAGGAGGACCAGCCGACCGGAUCAAGGUUGACGUGGCGAAGGCGAGGUGCGAGCCGGUGACGCCCUGGUCCCGCCCCGAGAUCUGCCGCUUGCAGGCCCGUGGCUUGGAAAGGUGCGCUGGCAUUCUCUUCUGGGAACUCGGUGGCACGGAAGGAGGAACAGCCAACCGUAGCGAGCAUUGAUGUGCCUAGGUGUGAGCAGGUGACGCGUACUGCCCGGAGCGACCGUGCAGGGAUCUGCCGCCUGUAGACCCGUGGCUUCGAAAGGGCCAACAGUGGUGCGAGCAUUCUCUUCAGUGGACUCGGUCGCACGGUUUCAGAAUUCUAUAAUAUGAACACAGAUGAAGCUAAUCCUGUUGGGUCUGCACUUACCCAUCAAGUUGAUGGCAUAAGUCAGAUAUUUGUAAAAGAUAGUGUUGCUCAAAAAAUGAAACAUCCCUCUUCUUUGCACUAUUACAAUGGAUUUAUCAAAUUGGGUAACAAAACUGAAAAUUUGGAGUCAACUGUUGUAACUGUAUUGGGCUUCUCAACUACAGAAAUUGGGAAGAUUCAUUAUGACAAUCUUGCAAAUUUUGAUCAUCCGGGAAUAAUUGAAGCUUUUGCAUAUGGAGUUGGCACAGGAAAACACUCGAAUAACUCCUUUCUGGCCGUGACAAAAUUUCAAACUACAUUUGAAGGAUACCUUCGGAGAGAUGGUCUGGCUGUUGACCAGCAAAACCGAUUUACGGAAAACUUUAUAAACUUGUUCAGGGAUGUCAUUGUAGCCAUGGAGGAGCUGCAUUCUCAAGGCUAUUAUUGCCCAAAGCUUCAUGGAAGUCAUAUUGCAAUCAUCAGCGAAGGCGAUUCACAAAGGGCGAGAUUGUGGAGGUUUGGUAAAAUCAAAGGAGAUACUGAAGCAGCAAUAAGCAGGUCCAAAGCUCUUGAUUGGCUUAGAUUGGGAGGCCUGAUUGUGGGUGUAUGUUUAACCCCAGAGUCUAAUGAUCUUUAUCUGAGAAUUACCAAGAACGGACUGCAAGGGACAAACAUUCUGAAGCAUUAUUCCUUGUUAACCGUCAGAGAAAAAUUUCAAAAUAUUCUGUGCUUGCAACAAUAUGUAUCACUCAAUCUGAAGGUACCACAAACGGAAUCAAGAUAUUUGAUAGCAUCUGAUCUGAGUUUGCAAACAUUGGAGGAGAAUUUGGAUAGAAAACAUCAUUGGGCCAUACUUCCCUUUGUGAAUCGAACAACUGAAAAAGGUACCAUCAAAACAUUAAGGGGCUUCAUAUACUCCUUGAGGACAAUUAUUGAACAUGAAGUUCGUUACCUUACGCCCGAGUUACUGAAAGAAUCUGACGGAAUAUUCAAGGAUCUCGAACACCAUAUGCAACAGGAAUGGGAACCAUUGUACCGGACAUUGCAAGAGAUUGCAGUGCAAUUGAAUUUGGAAUAUUGAACGUGAAUGAUUAUCUCAAGUUUCUUGCUCAGAAUAGGCCUGCUCCUGUACAGAUCUGAUCAAGAGAUGUGAUUACUGUUUUGGCGGCCUUUAGAUCAUUCAACGUUGAUGAUGUACCAAACGCCGACUUCUUUAGUCUUCUCCGAGGCAUUUCUGCAGUCUGGCGGUAUUUUGGGUGCCCUAUCUGAAUUACAGGCGUCUUGCCUAGGUUUUCUUGGACCAUGUAUAUGCUCAACCUAUUACUUGCCGACGAACUUUGGUGCUUAGCAAAGAAUCACCAAAAUUGUGGAGAAGUUUCCAGUAAGCUGUCGUAGAAUUCUGUUGCCGAGUCGUUCUCCGGAGUUGACUGUAACAUCUGGGUUCAUAUUGGUUGUUUCAAACUUGUGAAAGUAACAGUUAUUCAGAAUGGCUCUAACACGUGAUCGUGACCGGCUAGAAUUGUAAAUGCCAAUAUUCAAAGGAUGCUUCUACUUUGGUUUAUGAUUUUAUUGAGACUGUCAGGUGUAAA